UGUUGUAGGUGCAACAAUGAGAGUGAAUGGUCUCAGAUCCACGAGAACAUCAUCCGAAAGUCCAGCGCCAAGUACUCUGCCCCCAGCGCCAGCCAUGGUCUUAUCAUUUCUUUGCAGCUUCUUCGUGGAGAUAUGGAACAGAUUCGAAGAGAAAAUCCCAUGAUAUUUAACAGGGGAUUGGCAGUUACAAGAAAAUUGGGAUUUCCCGAUGUCAUUAUGCCAGGUGAUAUCCGCAAUGACCUGUACCUAACCCUGGAGAAGGGAGAUUUCGAGAGAGGGGGAAAGAGUGUACAAAAGAAUAUUGAAGUGACCAUGUAUGUGCUUUACGCAGAUGGAGAAAUCUUGAAGGAUUGCAUCAGCUUGGGUUCAGGAGAGCCAAAUAGGAGUUCCUACCACUCCUUUGUCCUCUACCAUAGUAAUAGUCCUCGUUGGGGAGAAAUUAUCAAAUUGCCCAUCCCGAUUGACCGGUUCCGGGGCUCCCACCUGCGCUUUGAGUUCAGACAUUGUUCCACAAAGGACAAAGGGGAAAAGAAACUCUUUGGCUUUGCAUUCUCACCCCUGAUGCGUGAUGAUGGCACCACCCUUUCAGAUGAUAUUCAUGAGCUUUAUGUGUACAAGUGUGAUGAGAAUAGCACAUUUAACAACCAUGCUCUGUACCUGGGCCUGCCCUGCUGCAAAGAGGACUAUAAUGGCUGCCCUAAUAUCCCUUCUAGCCUCAUCUUCCAGCGCAGCACCAAAGAGUCUUUCUUCAUUUCCACUCAGCUCUCCUCUACCAAACUCACCCAGAACGUGGACCUCCUAGCUCUGCUGAAAUGGAAGGCAUUCCCAGACCGAAUCAUGGAUGUACUAGGGCGGCUGCGGCAUGUCAGUGGGGAGGAAAUUGUUAAGUUUUUACAGGACAUCUUAGAUACACUCUUUGUGAUUUUGGAUGAUAAUACAGAGAAAUACGGCCUCUUGGUUUUUCAGUCUCUGGUAUUCAUUAUCAACCUGCUUCGAGACAUCAAGUAUUUUCACUUCCGACCUGUGAUGGACACAUAUAUCCAGAAGCACUUUGCUGGAGCUCUGGCAUACAAGGAACUCAUCCGCUGUUUGAAGUGGUAUAUGGACUGCUCAGCAGAACUGAUUCGACAGGAUCACAUUCAGGAAGCCAUGCGGGCCUUGGAGUAUCUUUUCAAGUUCAUUGUACAGUCACGGAUCCUGUAUUCACGAGCUACAUGUGGAAUGGAAGAGGAGCAAUUCAGAUCCAGCAUCCAAGAACUUUUCCAGUCCAUCCGGUUUGUGCUCAGUCUGGACAGCAGAAACUCAGAAACACUCCUUUUCACUCAGGCUGCACUCCUCAAUUCUUUCCCUACCAUCUUUGACGAGCUGCUACAAAUGUUCACUGUGCAAGAGGUGGCAGAGUUUGUAAGAGGGACACUGGGGAGCAUGCCCAGCACUGUGCACAUUGGGCAGUCGAUGGACGUGGUCAAACUGCAGUCCAUUGCCAGAACAGUGGACAGCCGCUUAUUUUCUUUCUCAGAAUCCCGCCGCAUCCUACUUCCUGUGGUUCUUCAUCACAUUCACCUUCACCUGAGGCAGCAGAAAGAGCUGCUAAUUUGCUCAGGGAUUCUCGGCAGUAUCUUCUCCAUCGUCAAGACCAGCUCUCUGGAGGCAGAUGUCAUGGAGGAAGUAGAGAUGAUGGUGGAGAGCCUCCUGGACGUGCUCUUGCAGACUCUGCUCACCAUCAUGAGCAAAUCGCACGCUCAGGAGGCGGUAAGAGGGCAGCGGUGCCCGCAGUGCACAGCCGAGAUCACUGGUGAGUAUGUGUCCUGCCUUCUCUCACUGCUCCGCCAGAUGUGUGACACGCAUUUCCAGCACCUUCUGGACAACUUCCAGAGUAAAGAUGAACUCAAG